CCGUAGCGGGGGGUGGGUCGCUGGGCGCAGGCCCGGAAGUGCUGCGCGGGUGGGUUGUGCGCGCCUUUUUCAACCGCCGGCGGCAUGAGCCUCUGGGCGGACAAAUACCGGCCCGUGGCGCUCGCGCGCCUCGACUUCCACCGCGACCAGGCGGCGCAGCUCCGCAAUCUGGUUCAGUGUGGUGACUUUCCCCAUCUGUUGGUGUAUGGACCGUCUGGAGCUGGGAAAAAAACUAGGAUAAUGUGUCUCUUAAGAGAACUGUAUGGUGCAGGAGUGGAAAAGCUAAGGAUUGAACAUCAGACUAUAACAGCACCCUCUAAAAAGAAAAUUGAAAUUAGCACCAUUGCAAGUAAUUAUCAUCUCGAAGUUAAUCCAAGUGAUGCAGGAAACAGUGACCGUGUGGUAAUUCAAGAACUGUUGAAGACAGUAGCACAAUCCCAACAACUUGAGACAAGUACUCAAAGAGAUUUUAAAGUGGUGCUGUUGACAGAAGUUGACAAACUUACUAAAGAUGCUCAGCAUGCACUGCGAAGAACCAUGGAGAAAUAUAUGGCCACCUGCAGACUCAUCCUGUGUUGCAAUUCCAUGUCAAAAAUUAUUGCACCUAUACAAAGUAGAUGUCUAGCAGUACGAGUUCCUGCUCCUAGCAUUGAAGACAUCUGUCAUGUGUUAUCCAGCGUGUGUAAGAAAGAAGGCCUGACUCUUCCUCAGGAUCUAGCUCGUCAACUUGCCGAGAAAUCUGGCAGGAAUCUUCGAAAGGCGCUGCUUAUGUGUGAGGCCUGCAGAGUGCAACAGUAUCCUUUCACAUCUGAUCAAGACAUCCCUGAGACAGACUGGGAAGUAUAUCUGAGGGAGACUGCAAAUGCUAUUGUCAGUCAGCAGACUCCCCAGAGGCUACUUGAAGUUCGCGGACGGCUUUAUGAGCUCUUAACCCACUGCAUUCCUCCUGAGAUUAUAAUGAAGGGCCUUUUGACAGAACUUCUAAAUAACUGUGAUGGACAACUAAAAGGAGAGGUUGCACAAAUGGCUGCUUUCUAUGAGCAUCGACUGCAAUUGGGCAGCAAAGCUAUUUACCAUCUGGAAGCAUUUGUGGCAAAAUUUAUGGCACUUUAUAAGAAGUUUAUGGAGGAUGGACUAGAAGACAUGACUUUUUAAGACGGAUGACUGAAAUUUCACGUAGGAUCAUGGUAUUGACAGCUGUAUUUUUAACAGUUUGUUUUGUAGCUUGUGUUGUAUAAGGCAAAUAAAUAUUUGUUUGACUCUUA